AUGUCGAAAGAGGGCAUAAAAAUUACUGAGUCCACCGUCAUUCGAUCAAAGCUAACUGCGCUUGUUGAUAAGUUUUUCCCUGGUAAAAUAUCUUUGUUUAAAAUACUAUCUGAUGGUGACACCGUUUUGACCCCUCCUGAUGGGUAUGUAGGUUUUUAUUUGCAGUCAGCAUCUGAAGGCAAUGUUAGGUACCCUUUUUCUGCUUUCAUGCUUGAAGUCCUUGACUUCUUUGAAAUCCAUAUUUCUACCAUCACUCCUUUAGGGUUGUCUAGGAUUAUUGCCUUUGAGGUGAUGUGUAGGGCAUAUGGCGGAGAGCCGUCAUUAGAUUUGUUUAGGUACUUUGUUCAAACUUGCCCCUCUGGUGAUUGGGCUACAGUGGGCAAUCGCUCCAAGGCGGGUUGUUUUAAGAGGGGUGGGUUGGAUAUUCGUGACUGGAAAAGUCAAUUUGUGUUCAUGAGAUCAUCGUUAAUCCCUAAGGAAUAUGAGUCUGUCACCGAUAAAAAGUUACUGUGUGUCCAUGCCAAAUAUGACAACCCUUUCCCAGACUAUGCCGUUGAUACAUUGUGUCGAGAAAUUUGGUUGCAUCCCAUAACAGUUGUAGCAUAUCCUGAUGUUGUUUUGUAUAAAGCCAAACUGAUACCAUCUCUGCCUGGUGGUGUGAAUAUUGAUGAUAUGACUUUUAGGAAAUUUGUAAGGAAAGGAGUGAAGGAGGUUACUGUUGUGCCUCGCAUUGAAAGACAGGGAAGUGGUACCGCUGAUGCGCCUUCUCAGAAUGCAGGAUCUUCUGGCGUCCAUAACGACAAUCCUGAGGUGCAAAGUGCUGCAGAUCCACCAAUCCUGAAUGUGGAUUAUUCUGAUGUUGAAGUUCUUGAAGUAUUUGCUACUGAUAAGAAGAAGAAGAAGAAGUCAGCUCCAAGCGCAAGUGUCCCUCAGUCUGUUGCAGGUCGAUUGAAAAGAAGGAAAGUAGGCGAUGAAGCAAAGGAUUCUGAGUUCCGUAAGCCCUCUUCCCCUAAGACUGCUUUGCAUGAUCAAGAAAUUCUGAAUUGGUUGAAUGGUGACAAUAUGAAUGCUAAGGAUGUGAAGAAAAUUGACAACAUGGACAACGAGACCUUCCUGAAGGUUUUCAAAAAAGAUCGCCAGUUCCAUGCUUAUCUUGAUGCUGUUGCUGCUAGGCGUUUUUCCAGAAUGGCUAUUGAUCUUAGAUCUAAAAGUUUGGAGGUGCAUUUGUUGACAGCCACUGUUGAAGAUUUGAAAGCCAGGGAGGCCAGGUUCGUGACCACUGUUGAAGCAUCCGAUCUGGUUCAGAGUUUGAGGCAGCAGCUGAACAUGUUGAAGGCAAACGCCGUUGUCCAUGAAGAGUCUUUGGCCAAACUCCAAAAAGAAGUUGAUCAAGAAAAGGAAAAUAGCUGUUUGUUGCGUGAUCAGGUUGAUUUGCUGAAGGUUGACAGAGCAAGGGUAGUGACUAAGGUGAUCCCGUAUGUGAGCAAGUCCUUGCUUUAUAGCGAUGAGGUUGAGCAGCUGUUGGGUGAUUUGACCUCUGCUGAGAGAGCUAAUGAGAGGUCCACUUUGUUGGAGGAGUUUUUGGCCGAGGGAAAGUGUGACCUGACCUGCAGGGGUGAUUUUGUCCCUAAUGCCUCUCAUGAGCUGGAGGUAGCUGAUCACAAGUGGAAGGAAGUUGUUUUUCCAUUCUUGGAGAAGGUUGUUACUGACCCUCAUGCUGCUGUUGAAGACUUGCUUAAGAUUGUCCCUGAUGUGAUUCAACCGGAAGACAAUGAAGGACCCCAGUGAUCAGGCCUGCGUGCCUUGGUAUUUGGCGUAUGUGCCAACUCAGACAAUUUCAUCUUUAACUAUGGUGCCUGUGGAUUUGAAACAAUUAUCAUCUUUUGACAGCCUUAUAUGGCUGUGUUUAUGGAUAUUUUGUGCAGCUCCUAUAGUGCUGCAUUUGUGAAUAUAAUGCAGGGUGGUUAUGACUUAUAUCUACAGUCGUUUAUACAA